AUGGUCAGUGUGAAGUGGAUAUCCUUAGCACUGGCCCGGCUUGGCAACAGACGCGAUGUGGUGUCGGCCUUCUUCCACGUGGCUCUUUGUUGUCGCAUGGUGCAGCAUUUCGACGCUGCACUUCUGUGGCUCCUCGUCUUGACCGUCGUCUCGGUCAUUGUGUUGCAUUUGGCCUCCGCGGCCGCGUCGGAGGAUGUCAUCUACAGUCUUGCUGCCUUUCUCGCCAUUUCGUCUUACGACCACUCCUGCCGCACGUGCACCGGAUCAGCAGGGCUACAAGAGCUGAACCUUCUCCUCACUAGCAAUAUUCUGCUUGCAGAGCUUAUGCUCAUCUGCACCGGGACCCGUCCAUCAGUUCUGGCAGCCUGGGCAGCAGCCCUAUCAUGUACGCUGUUCUGGAGAAACGUGCAACCGGAGUCGGCAAUGCUCAUCUGGUAUGGCCUUGGCAUGUACAUCCUUUCUGGCAACAACUCCAGCCAGAUCAAGGUUUCUGAGGAGUCGCCGCAUUUGCUACUCAACCGGUGCCUGGGCCUGGUUCUGCGAAGAAUCCGUGUUCCGCUGCAGCUGGCCCAGUCGGACCUCGAAGGCGGUGGAAACGUGACCGAUCGCAUGAGGGUUCGGCUGCAGCAGAUCUGGGAGCUCCUCUCGGGCUUCGACAACAUGCUCUCCAAGGAAUUUGAAGCCGCGGUUGCAAAGGAGUUGGGCUUGAAGUCCGAUGCCCUGAGCCCUCUCGGCCAUGCCGACAAGGCGUUACGAGUAUCGUCAGAGGACCACGACAUGGACGUGACUGUACCGGGUCAUGAUCAUCGGGAAGGCUCGCCUGAAUCCUCGACGACCGUGGGGUCAGGCACUUCCUGGGAGCCCGGACGUUGGGAAUGCCUCCCGGAGGAGCUCUCGCUGAAGCUGACGGUGGACUUAGAGGGAGAUGGCAUGCCCGUGACCGAAGUGAAGCUCUGCAUGGAGAGGCCAACCCCUCUGGACAGCUUCCUCCCGUCGGAGAGUGACUGGGAAGAGUUUCGAAGCUGGUUCGAGCCCGAAGUCAACCGCGCCAUCCACUUGGACAGCUACACCCCGGACAGCACUGCCAUCCCCCUCGUGUUACCUUUUUUGGGAGAUUGGCAUCGUCUCAAUGCCGGCAAGCUGCAGAUUUCCUGCAUUGAGACGGAUCAGCAUGCCUCGAGGUUCAUCCUCGAGGCCUCGCAGCUUACAACAUGCACCAUCCGAGGAGCGCCUCAUGAGACGGCUCGCGAGGUGAGGUGGCUUUGA